ACAAGAUAAUUCUCUGGCAUUCUUUCCCUUAGUCCCAGCACACCUAUUGGGCUGGGCACAGUUAUCUGAUGGUCCCAGUGGUAUGCUAGGCUGGUUCUGGGGUGUGAGUGUCUCCUCCACAGUGGGAAUCAGGAGCCUCUUGGGCCAGCCAAGCCCUGCUGGGAGCCCAGAGCCUCUUGCUGCAAAGUCUCCAAGAGACGCCCCCAGAAGCCCCCCUGACCCACAGAAGUCAUGGGGAAGAGUAGUUCAGCCCCCAGAUUUUCAGGAGCAGGCAGGCAAGUCCUCAUGGAGCUGGGCGCUUCCUUUUUCUGCUGCUUCUGCCUCUCUUCUGCAUCCCUCCUCUGACGGUGAGUGAAGGUGUGUGGCUGGGUGGCUCCCAGCUGGAGAAUGGGGAAGACCCAGCAUUAGUAAUCCUCCCUGAGCCCUUCCUGGAGGAGAGGACCCCAGGUGUCUCCCUAAAUUCCUGGGGAGAAAGAGCUGAGGAAAAGGAGCACAGCAGCGGCAGGGCUGGGAGAGACAGCGGCAGGGAAACCUGUCUUUACCCCCACUUCUCCUCUACUGUAAAUAAACCCCGAGCCAAAGGGCUCAUCCGUCUCCUUAAACAGCCAGUAAACUUUAUAUGACACAAUAUCUAAUAGUAAUUUAUUGGGGAGAUAUUGUAAAUUCCAACGGUUUUAGUUAAUAAAGGAGCUAAUUAAAGAGGGACGGGCUGGGCUCGGCCAGCUGUUGGUGAGAAGAUAAUACAUCUGGGGGGGUAGUGCAGGGUGCAGAAGCGUGUAUGUGCGGGUAUUUUUGGUGUGGCUUUUUCCCUCUUGCCCCGUGUCGGGCGAUUGCCUCGAUCUCUGCGUUAGGUUUUAUAUGAUUUUUUAAAAACCAGAAGCCAGAGAAUAAAUCUGCCCCCGCGGUUCGUUCCCUCCCCCCCCACAUUGGGGAAGGGGGAAGUUGGAGUUGGUGCGGGGUGGGGGGAUUCUCUGUCCCCACCCAUCCCCCUGGCGGCGGCGCCCACGUGAGCUGGACGGCCAAUGGGUGGCCGGUGCAGGUUUAACUAUGUUUAAUGUCAGAUAGCAAUAAAGUAGAAGCUGCCGGUCGGGCCCCGCGGAAAUGGGCGAGCAUAAUCUCCUGAAUCCCGGGUUUGUGGGGCCGCUGGUGAACAUCCACACGGGAGACACCUUCUACUUCCCCAACUUCCGUGCGUCCGGGGCGCAGCUGCCCGGGCUGCCUUCGCUGUCCUACCCGCGCCGCGACAACGUGUGCUCGCUGCCCUGGCCGUCGGCGGAGCCGUGCAAUGGCUAUCCGCAGCCCUAUCUCGGCAGCCCGGUGUCGCUCAACCCGCCCUUCGGCCGCACGUGCGAGCUGGCGCGCGUGGAGGACAGCAAGGGUUAUUACCGCGAGCCGUGCGCCGAGGGCGGCGGCGGGGGCCUGAAGCGUGAGGAGCGCGGGCGCGACCCCGGCCCAGGAGUCGGGCCCGGGGCAGCGCUGCUGCAGCUGGAGCCGUCGGGGCCGCCUGCUCUCGGUUUCAAGUACGACUACGCGGCAGGCGGCGAGGGUGGCGCGGGACCCCCGCACGACCCGCCCUCGUGCCAGUCGCUGGAAUCCGACUCCAGUUCGUCCCUGCUUAACGAGGGCAACAAGGGCGCCGGCGCGGGCGACCCCGGCAGCUUGGUAUCGCCUUUAAACCCCGGCGGCGGCCUCGCGGCCAGCGGCGCGCCCUGGUACCCGAUCCACAGCCGCUCACGGAAGAAGCGCAAACCCUAUUCGAAGUUGCAGCUGGCGGAGCUGGAGGGCGAGUUUCUGGUGAACGAGUUCAUCACAAGGCAGCGCCGGAGGGAACUCUCAGACCGCUUGAAUCUUAGUGACCAGCAGGUCAAGAUCUGGUUUCAGAACCGCAGAAUGAAAAAGAAAAGACUUCUGUUGAGGGAGCAAGCUCUCUCCUUCUUUUAGGGGGCAAGACACGGGCGCCAGCCCCAGACUGAGCCUGUCUCUGGCAGAGAGCAAAGAGGGGGCACUGCCUGGGACACAGUCCCCGCUUAGAACGCCAGGCGUCUCUGGCAGGUCCUCCUGGGACGUCCUCUUGUCUGUUUUGUUCGUGGUUCCCUCCCACACACCCCCCAGCAGACCCUGCCAGGUCCCAGAGAGAAGGGAAGAACCCAGCCAGGGAGAGGAAGCCCACAGCUGCAGGCAGGGGGUAGGGGCAGGGAAGGCUGAGGCGCUGGGGAGGGGCUAGUUUGACAUGGGACCGGGGCGUUGGGCCUCCGUCUGAAGAUCUGGAGGAAAGGUGACUCAGGCGUCCCCUCCCACCACUUUCCUUCCGUGGUCUUAGGUCUGUCUGCCUGCAGGAGUAGGCGAGGGUGGGGACAGUGGGACUAAGGCUCUCAGAACUUGCAGUUAUUGGGGUUAGGAGAGGCUGCGAGGAGGGAGCAAGAGUGGAGGAUGGGCAGAGAGCAGGGAAGGGGUCAGGGUAGCUCUGGGAGGGCAGAAGGAAGUGGGGGGACCUAGGAGGAAGUGUGGUUUGGGAGAACAGAAUGAUCAGCAAUGUCCAGGUCCGCUGGGGUCUGGGUCCUCCAGGCCUGGACACAGAGCAGGCCCAGGCAUAAGCAUUUGGCAGACCCGGCUGUGGACAAGGUGAUGAUCAGGCUUUUGUCCCCUCUAGGGCAGGCCACCCGAACCGUCUCCUGGUCCCCAGCCCUCUCCCGAGCCCCCUGCGCCCAUUCGCUCACAGGUGUGCUGCCAUCCACUCUUCCUGCCGCUGAGGCGGCUGCGGACCGGAAGCCGCAAGCGGGGAAUUGAGAGCUGAGCGGACGCAGCCUCGGGUUCAGUAGCCACCCCAGGGACCUCCACCUGGCCCUCCGGGAAGCCCAGGAAGCUGUAAAAGGAGCUGCGAAGCGCGGCAUUGAUUGGCCGAGAGAGUUUCUGGCAGCCGCUGCAGAUUCUCCCUUCGCCGCUGGCGUUCACGGUCACGGCCGGCCGGAGGCUGGACCGGCGUAAUUUACGAGGCGGGAAGAGAAUCCGCCCCUAAAAGGGGCUACCGGCCGCGGAGGCCCCCGCUCAGCCCGGGUUUCCCAGGCUGGUGACAAUGAAGGAGGGGGCACUGCAGCCCCCCACCCAACUCCUUUCUCUCUUUUACCCACCCCUACUCCACCUGCUCCCCAACGGCGCCCUUUGUCUCAGGAUCCGCUGUCUCCGCCCCCAGGCCAGGGAGCCGCAGAUUAGGAGGACCAGAGCAGAGGGAAGGGCACAUCCCCAAAACCCACUGGAGGCCAGAAAGUGGCUUCUCCAGCCGAGGGCCUUUUAUUCAUAGCCCCCUUCAGGCCCCAGCCCCAGCCCAGUAGAUCCCAGGCUGGCUUCCGAAAGAGAAGCUGUGAAGGAGCCCCCCUGCCUUCUUGCACUCUGUUUUGAUUCCCCUUGGUGAGAGUCCCCCAACCUCCCACCUGCUGACCCACCCUUGCCAGGAUCAAGAGGGCGAGAAGCAGGGGAAUGAUGGGAGUUAAGCCCAGCCUGGACAGUGUGAAACUGGCCCGCCAGCUUGGAGUUCUUCCCACCUGGGGAAAGUCUCUCCUUCCACACCCUGGAAAGGCAAUCCACUCUCCCACCAGAUUCAAGUCCCUGUGAAAGACUGUGCAGAGGCAUGGGCAAACAUAUAGGCACAGCUGCCCAGUACAGCACUUGGCCCACACCACUCUCCUGACUGUACUUGCAAAGAGGCAGCCUCAUAUCCCCAAAUACAGCCCUGCAGAGUAGCCGUACAAUCACAUACCCUCAUCCCCCACUGGGCACCUGACACACUUCCCCACCCACAUUAACCUAUGUACACGUUUGCAGAAAUCACCACCGUUCCAGCUGUCUGCACACUCCCCUGUGGGCUGGCGCUGGGUAUGAGGCACUCCCCUCUUUGCCUGGUCACCCAUGUACCCCUUCAUACAGCCCCUCCUGUGACCUCUUGGUCUCUGGGGUGCUGGAUUUGAGUUUCAGCACUCCAGCCUGACUCUCGCAGCUUAAUAAAGGAGACCAAAACACUCCAAACGGGGUGGGGGGACAAAGAUAUGCAAUAUUCUCUUCCUGUCGCUUUAAACUUGAUUUCUGUGAGCUUCUCUGUCAAUCUGUGUCCUGUUCUCUGUGUCUGUUGCUAGUACCUAGCGUGAUCCCUGUGGGUAGAUGCCCUCCUUUCCUCCCUCCCCGGUUCUCUGUAGUGUGCCCUCCUAUGCAAACGUCUGUCUCUAGCACGUUUUCCCUUUAUAUAGUCCUUGUACAGAGUUGCUUCAUCAUAUUAAUAUUAAUAAUAAUAAUUAAAACAUGAUGGUA